UUCUAAAUUCAGCUACCUGACGCAGACGUGUCGGUAGAACGGUUCCAAUGUCCAAACAUACCGAAUAUCCAUCGAACUUGAAAUUCUCUUCUUCAUCCAUCUGAUCCACGGCGUUAUUACAACAUCCUUGGUUAUAAUCCUCUCCGGCGCUAUUACAUCAUGACCAGACCGAUUCUCAUAAUACUAUUCCUCGUGUCCUUUGCCGGGAGUAUUUCCGGCCAGAGAGAUCGCAGCCCCGACUAUGACCUUUUAGCCGAAGAAUUUCUCCGGGAAAACCAUAAUUCCUUAGCAGAAAAUCGAUUUUCCCGCGACGAUGACCACAGUGGUGGACAUGUGGAGCAUCGUGAUCAUGACAUCCCGUCGACGGUAGAGAGCCUGGUGGAUACGGACGAGGAUACGCCGACCACGCCCACAUCAGUACCAUACUGGGUGGCGUUGUUUAACACCACGUUCCAGUACCAGCGUAAUCACGAAGCGUUCGACGCGUUGACCACUGAACACACCACAACGGAUGGGGACGACGAAGUAGAAAACAUUAACAUCGAGGAUAACGAUGAUGACGUAACCAUUACCGCCGUGACCAAUCCGAUUAUUGGGAUAACGGAGGAUGUUACCAUUGAUACCGAUGGCGUUACCGAGACGGUCACGCAUGUUACCACCGAUACUGAUGAUGAGGUGGAUGAUACCACCACGGAAAGGACGGUCAGCGUGGAAGUGCCGGUGAAUGUGGCGGAAUCGGACCAUGCACCCUUGACCGUCAAGGUGGUUCUCACCAUUCACAAUCAUUCGGAAACUGCCACGACAACAGACAGUAUCACUGACGCGGGAACAACAGAAACCGACGAUUUAAGUGAUGUAACAACGACGGUGGAAGCGGAAACGACGACGGAUGACGAUGAUGAUGAUUCUACUACGACUGCGGAAUCGGUACUGGACGAUGCGGUGAUGAUCAAUGACACGCUGUUCGUCAAUGUUACCGAGGCGGAAAACGUAACGGAGCCGGGACUGGAGAGCGAUAAUGCCACUGAUGCCACGGUAUUUUACAAUGCGACAGUUGUGAUAUCGGCCAAUCUGACGAUGAAUAUUUCCCUCGUUAAUGCGACGGACGACAUUUUGGACGACGCAGUGACGGUAGUGCCUAAGGGAAGCGAAACAACGGAGACAACUACAGAUGAGCCGGAAACUAGUACGACAGAGGAGACGGCUGCUACCGAAGCGCCCCCGACACCGGAAAUAGUUUAUUCGACAAUAGUUUUGAUACCCACAACUGCACAGCCAGAAUGGAUAACGACGUCGGAUGAUCAGGAAGAAGAAGAGCCAACAGAGCAUCCGCUGCUGGUGUUUGAACGAGUCAUUCAUGCGUACAGCUUAAUUAUAUUUGCACUGGCCCUUAUUUUUAUCGUCAUACUAUGCUGUAUGUAUGGAGCAUGCUGUUCGGAAACCGGACGCGUGAUGGAAUCGCGAGAAGUUCGAAUUAACAAAAACUAUCCUCUGGAUGACCAGUUGAAAGGUCGUUCCUUGAAAGGUGCCGAUGAGCCGCUGCUGACACAAAUAUAGCGCCGUGUGAUUGCUGCGUUACUCGUAAAUGGUCUCUCAAGAUGUUGAUGGAACUGAAGAUGUUGCCAAAAAUGACUGUGAAUGGAUUCUAUGCCAAGUUAGCUAUUUUCGCUGAAUGGAAAGUUAUACUACUAUUGCAUUUAGACGAAAAUAGAACCACGAGACUGCAAAAUAAUUUAAAUGCAUGAACGUAACUUAAAAGCUGAUGGAUACUCACAAAAUGGAAAAUGUUUAAUUUUUCGCUGUAUUAAUUUGUCAGGGAUGGAUCCGAAUUCUAGAUAGCUCACGAACAUGCAACAGUUCGCAGAGAUCGGGAGAAUAUUUGUUGCAUACUUAUUGCUCUACAUGACGUAGAACUAUUAUAAUUGUAGCCUUUGAUGGUCGUAGUACAUCGCAAUAAA